AUGGCUGCAACGACAAACAUUGUGGUCCUCGGCGCUGGAGUGUCAGGUCUCACAACCGCCCUGCUUUUGUCUAAGAAUCAGGCCAACUCUGUCACGAUCGUAGCGAAGCACAUGCCAGGAGACUAUGACAUCGAAUAUGCGUCACCUUGGGCGGGGGCAACCUUCCAACCCAUGUCUGAAGAAGAAGACAGCAGGUGGGAGCGCCGUACUUGGCCAGAGCUGUCACGUCUGGCAUCUUCUGUCCCUGAAGCUGGUAUCCAUUUUCAAAGAACUCACAUCUACCGCCGGAACAAAGACUUUGAAGGCGAAGAUGUGCCGUUUGGGCCGCUUUUCUCUCCAAACUCAUGGCUUCGCGAUCUGUUCUCAGACUACCGCGACCUGAAACAGGAGGAACUUCCCCAGGGAGUGGACUCUGGUUUUGAGUACACAGGUGUUUGCAUCAACACAUCUCUUUAUCUGCCCUGGCUAGUUGGUCAAUGCAGAGCACAGGGGGUUGUUCUCAAGCGCGGUGCAGUCUCUCAUAUCGAUGACCUGAAGAUGAUGCACCACAGCGGAAACCACGCCGACGUCCUCGUCAAUGCUUCCGGUCUUCUGGCUCGUGAUUUAGGGGGCGUUCUCGACAAAUCCGUUGUCCCAAUCAGAGGCCAGACCGUCCUGGUACGGAACGAAGCGGGACCUCUCUAUAACAUAUCGGGAACGGAUGAUGGAGACACCGAAAUAUCGUAUUUGAUGAUGCGCGCAUCUGGAGGAGGUACUGUGCUAAGUGGCACUUACGACAAGGGAAACUGGAACCCGGAACCUGAUAUGGACAUCGCCAAGCGAAUCAUCAAGCGUUGUGUGGCGUUGUCUCCACGGCUUGCCAAUGGAAAGGGUGUCGAAGGUGUCGAAAUCAUAAGACACGGGGUUGGCUUGCGGCCCUGGAGAAAGAACGGUGUCCGAUUGGAAAGAGAUCCCAACUUGUCGACACAGGGAACUCUUGUGGUCCACAACUAUGGACACGCGGGCUGGGGAUACCAAGGCUCUUAUGGUUGCGCUGAGUACGUGGUUGAGCUUGUCGAAGGUUUCCAGAAGGAUAGAAACGUCGUCGAUAAGGCAAAACUUUGA